GUCGGAGCGGGGAAAUAAUAAAAGCUGUAAUCGGACUUGGCCUAGCGCCAAGCUUCGGAGAGAUAACGAGCCGAGAUUCCCGACACGCCGAUAGGGGAUAAGCGGGGGAGCUCCAUGGCCUACUCGGAACGGGUGAGCGAGCUCGACUUCCUGCAUAACACUGCUUCGCUGCACACAUUCAAGAUGACCAAACCAACAGUAGAGAUCCCCAUCAUUGAUUUCGAAGGUCUUGAAGAUGGCAGUCCAGAGAUCGCUGCGGAUAUCGGACGCAAAUUCUACGCUGCAUGUCGAGAAGUGGGAUUUGCCUAUAUUAAGAAUCAUGGGAUCCCUGAACGAGACAUUCAAGGGAUGUUCGACUAUAGUCGACGAUUCUUUGCUCUACCGUAUGACAUCAAAAUGACGGCGCCCCAUCCUCCCGCUGGAGACCAUCAUCGGGGGUACUCUGGCGUUGGUAUGGAGCAGGUCUCGCAGAUGGUCUUCGACGAGGACAAGUUGGAGGCUAUGCGGAACGGCAAAGGCGGGGACUUCAAAGAAAGCUACGAUAUGGGGAGCGAGACAGCGACGCAUAACCCGAAUAUCUGGCUAGAAGAUGAUUACCUGCCUGGCUUGCGAGCUUACAGCGUCGCUUUCCAGGCGACUUGCCGUGCUCUACAAAUGCGUACGCUUCGAGCUCUUGCUCUAGGUAUGCCGGAAGUCCCUGAGGAUUUCUUCGAGCGAUAUCACACGGAGGGAGACAAUCAGCUGAGACUGCUGCAUUAUCCAUCUGCUCCCCGAGAUGUCUUUGAUUCUGGGGAGAAAGGACGCAUAGGUGCACAUACAGAUUUCAGUACCUGUACAUUUCUAUUUCAGGAUGAUUGUGGGGGAUUGCAAGUGGAGAGCCCACGCUCUCCAGGCGUCUUCAUUGCUGCCCCUCCUAUACCCGGAACCAUCAUCUUCAACAUUGGGGAUUUCCUCAUGAGGUGGUCAAAUGACAGUCUCAAAUCGACAUUGCAUCGCGUCGUAGCGCCGCCACCAAGGGAGGAUGAGACGGGAAUGACACGAGAGAGAUACUCGAUUCCUUAUUUCUGCGGAGCAAACAAAUCCCUGACGAUUGAGACACUCCCUGGUACUUGGUCAGAAAGCAAGCCGAAGGAGUAUGCACCGAUCACCGCUGGCGAAUACGUAAACAUGCGAUUGAAUGCCACAUACGAGGCGGGCGUGAAGAAGCUCAAAAAGGAGGCAUUGGUGUAUUAGGCGACUGCCGACGAGGCUAUGGGGCAGUGGGGCAGUGCAAGCACACUAGCUUCGAGUACAUUGAAACAUGAUCAAUGCACCUUCCAUGUGCGAAUGAUCCUGAUCAGCCAUCGGCUCAGCACGUAUCAGGUCAUCCCGUCAAGCGAUCGGGCAGUGUCUCGAUGGGGCUGUGGUCAAGUAUAUCGGAGUGUUCAUUUCCAGUGCCACAUUCCAGA